CGGUUCCUGAAUUUUGGCACUGAGCCAAUCAGCCCGCCACCGUUCACUUUUUUUGACCAGUAUUUUUCUAAAAGACACGAUGUCGUUUGGAGCACACCUAACUCAAAGCAGCGGAUUUUCUCGAAAGCUCACGCCAUUUUGGACUGGCAGCGCUUAGCCAGAAUAGAUAUUUCUCUGUAGUACAUUGUGUGUUCAUUCUGGACUUCUGGCUAAUAUCCCUGUUUUUCUUUUCUUUUUUUUUUUUUUAAUUAUCUAUAAAAUUUCUCUACCCUCUCACUAUAAUGAUAAAGUCUAGGAUAUGCCCGCUUAAAUUCACCUCCAGAUGUCUCAAAUCCCUCUAGCAAUUUCCAUUUUGACCCAUUUAUGAGCCCUUAAUUCUCCAUUAUUCUGACCUUCAUUUUACCUCGCUUUGUGUUACUUUCCCGCGUUAAUUUCGACACCAUGGCUGCUCUUCUCAGAUCGAAAACUUCCAAGGAAACGGCUUCUCUUAGAGCCUCUCAAUUCAGAAACUUUUUACUCAAUUACAUGUUCGCGGGUGGCAUGUCUACCUGUUACUCUACGCAUCGAAGAAGCUUGGAUGACUACUUCGGCAACUCUCCCUCUCACUCCACCGCUUUCAACCCCGUCUCGCUGCGCGGUGAAUUCUUUGAGAAGGGUACUCAAUUAUUGGAUAAUAGGAGAAGUGGCCGUGAUUCGAGUAAGGAUUUUGGUAGAAAUUGGACCGAGAAAUUGAAUGGUAGUGAUAGUGGGUCCAAUUAUGGGGAUCCGCCAGAGGUGUGGCAACCUCCGGGAGAUGGGAUUGCCACAGUUCGGGUAAACGGAGCCUCAAUGGAUGUAGUUCGUGGAGGUAGAGGUGGGUCUGGGUCGAAUUCGAAAGAUGGGUGCUGGGGUGGAUCCAAUUUGGGUAAUAAUUUUCCAACGCCAAAAGAGAUCUGUAAGGGACUGGAUAAAUUUGUGAUUGGACAAGAACGCGCUAAAAAGGUGCUUUCUGUUGCAGUUUACAAUCACUACAAGAGAAUCUAUCAUGAUUCCAUUCAGAAGUGGUCUGCAGGAGAUUCAGGGAACAACAAAACAGAAGCUAUAGAUGAUGAUGGAGUGGAACUUGAGAAAAGUAACAUUCUUCUAAUGGGACCAACAGGCUCAGGGAAGACAUUACUUGCCAAAACCUUGGCACGGUUUGUCAAUGUUCCUUUUGUUAUUGCAGAUGCAACUACUUUAACUCAGGCAGGAUAUGUAGGGGAAGAUGUAGAGUCCAUAUUGGGCAAGCUGCUACUGGCUGCUGACUAUAAUGUGGCAGCUGCCCAGCAGGGCAUUGUAUACAUCGAUGAAGUUGACAAGAUCACAAAAAAGGCUGAGAGUGUUAACAUUAGCAGAGAUGUAUCAGGUGAGGGUGUUCAGCAGGCAUUGUUAAAAAUGCUCGAGGGAACGGUUGUCAAUGUUCCUGAGAAGGGAGGCCGAAAGCAUCCAAGAGGUGACAAUAUUCAGAUGGAUACAAAGGAUAUACUCUUCAUUUGUGGAGGUGCGUUUGUUGACUUGGAUAAAACUAUUUCAGAAAGGCGCCAAGAUUCUUCCAUUGGAUUUGGUGCGCCUGUACGUGCAAACAUGAGGAUGGGUACUGUUACUAGUGCUGCUGUGACAUCAUCAUUAUUGGAGACUGUUGAAAGUAGUGAUCUUAUUUCAUAUGGUUUGAUACCUGAAUUUGUUGGAAGAUUUCCCAUCCUUGUGAGCUUGUCAGCUCUUACUGAGGAUCAGCUUGUCCAGGUUCUAAUAGAGCCAAAAAAUGCCCUUGGGAAGCAAUAUAAGAAGAUGUUUCAAAUGAAUGAUGUUAAGUUACAUUUCACAGAAAAUGCUUUCAGACUAAUUGCUAAAAAAGCAAUAAAGAAAAAUACUGGCGCUCGAGGGUUGCGGUCCAUACUUGAAACUAUCUUGAUGGAUGCCAUGUAUGAGAUACCUGAUGUUAGAACAGGUGAAGAUAUUAUAGAUGCUGUUGUAGUUGAUGAGGAAUCAGUAGGAGCCGAGGGACCUGGAACUGGAGCCAAGAUCCUAUACGGCAAGGGUGCAUUGGAUCGUUAUCUUUCCAAACACAAAUCAAAGAAUUUAGAGACAAGUGCCGACGGGUCUGAUGGAGAACCAGAGCCAGAAACAGAGGUUUCCUCCAUAGUUGCUAGCAUGUAAUCUGUUGAUCUUAUGUGUAGCUUUAUCCAUGUACAUAAUAAUAGCUCCACAUUAAUUUAAUAAAUUUAAAAGAUGCAAUUACAACACAGUGUCGAUUCCUUGGAACUGUGCAGAACUUGAAUUCAAUAAGCAGCAUAUUAUAAUUGUACAUGUAUUAGUCACGUGGCCUCCCCAUUGGUGAGCUUAGCAUACCUUGUUUUGAUUUUUAUUUUGGGAGAAAUGUUAUAUUAGUUAUUACGGAA